GAUACUUGGCUCUCGUGCAAGUUUGGUGUGUGACUCCAUUUAAUAAUAAUAAAUGCACUAGAAAUGAUUAUAUUGUUUAGUUUUACUGCUCUGACACAAACAAAAGUAGCCAAGGCUCACAACUAUUUUGUGAGUUUUUGAGCUGCGCAUAUCGUCAUUGGGGUCUUACAUGCAUCGUUUAACAGGGGUUUGCUAUAAUUGAAUACGCUGUUAAAGCAACAGUCAUGAUUCUAUGCCAAUGUGUUAUAACAUUGCGAGUAUGGCAUCUAUUCCCUCGGAGUCGCUUCAUCAGAUGGUUGGUGGUCACUAUUUUCAUCGUUUGCUUGGUAGGAGCUGCAAUAUUUGGCGCCGUCGUGUAUAACACAUUCAAGAGUGUCGUGAACAUGAACAGCAAGUCAAGCUCGGCACGCCUUACAUUUACAUUCAUCAUCUAUGUGCCAGCCUUGGUCGUCCAUACGACUAUGUUCUUACUUACGCUGUAUCGCUUUCGCGUUACCCCCAGAACCUUGCAGCAACACGGGAUGAUCCACCGAUUCGUCAAAGAGGGAAUGUUCUUGUAUUCAUUUGCAGCCGGAUCGCUACUGUACGAAAUCAUCAGUCUUUCUCUGAUGACACCAGAGGACAUAUACAUUUACCAUGAUUCAACUGAUAUGGGAGAAAUAGCAAUGGCAGCUACGGUUGUCUCUAUCUGUCGCGCGAUGCUAAGCAUCCGGUGCUUGGCUGCAACUUACCAUGUCGAUCCGGCAUGGUUGCUCAACCAUGCGGAACUCAGUCGUGUCCAAUGGAGGAGAGGACACACUGAAGGAGAAAUCUACGUUGAAGCCAGCGAGAUGGAUGUGGUUCUCCCAUCCAAAUCUGCGGCAUUACCUGCUGAUAAUAUCGGAAGAGAAGAUGAGGUGCAAAAUUAUACCUAACUUGUAUGUCUGGCACAUGAUUCAUUUUUUUUAUCAUAUACAAGGCUACCAUGCCGUGAAAAGAGCACACAGAGGCCAUGAUGGUAGACGAAUAGGAGAAAACUUAGGAGAGAGAUGUGCGGCUGGGAUUCAAAAGGAGAAGAAGAUACGAAGAUUGGGAGCAAUUGUGAAGCAAGUAGCGCUCAGCUAGAGCACGCACGUAGGGUAGACACGAAUUAGUUCUGCAGGAU